UAUAAAAGUGAAGGCCGCAACUGUCCUGAGCCUCAGCCUCAGAAACGGCGUGGAAGUAGGCAUAAGUAAAGAGGAGCAAAGGGAGGGUUUCAGCAUCUUCCCUUCAAUUCUUAUGUCUCUUUCGUAUCAAGCAAGAAAUCAAAAAUCACUUCUACAAGAGUGACAGUGAAUUCAAUAUGAAAAUUGGAAGUUGGUAAAUAUAGAUUGAUGAAGACCGAACCCUAGGAUCGGAGUAGAUGCAUGUCGGCAGAGUAACGUUGGAUACGAAUUGGUUCCUGCAAUUCAUAUUAACGCUUUUUGUUCUCGCUUUGGGGGCUCUUCACCUAAUCAAGAAUACAGCCUCGAGAUACUUCGAAGUUGAAGCGGAUUUCGAUCGUGAAUCGACAAUGCCUUCCAUCCCCAUCGACAACAACCGCGUCUCUACCUGCGCCGUUUGCUCCAAUCCCGCCCCUAAGAAGUGUUCGCGUUGUAAAUCUGUUCGUUAUUGCUCCUUAACUUGCCAGCAGGUGCACUGGAAAGAUGAGCAUAAGACAAAGUGUAAAGUAAAUUCAACACAGACUGCUAACACAAAACCAUUUUCAGGAGUUGCUUUGGUUCCUGCCUGUGGAACUUCUAAGAUCAGCAAGAAGCCAAGAGAGGUUCUUUUCCCAUAUAAUGAGUUUGUAGAACUUUUCAACUGGGAGAAAGUGGCAUUCCCUCCAUGUGGACUCUUGAAUUGCGGGAAUAGUUGCUUUGCCAAUGUGGUUCUGCAAUGCCUUGUAUCUACCCGGCCUCUUGUUGCUUACUUGUUGGAGAAAGGGCAUCAGAAAGAAUGCAGACGUAAUGAUUGGUGUUUUCUAUGCGAACUUCAAUCUCACGUUGAAAGAUCAAGCCAGAGUCAGAAUCCAUUUUCACCAAUUAAUAUUCUCCCACGGUUGCCUAAUAUUGGAGGUAACCUUGGCUAUGGAAGGCAAGAGGAUGCUCACGAAUUCAUGAGGUUUGCUAUUGAUACAAUGCAAUCAAUUUGCCUUGAUGAAUUUGGUGGAGAAAAAGCUGUAGAUCAUAGCUCGCAAGAGACAACCCUUAUUCAGCAUAUAUAUGGUGGUCAUCUGCAGUCUCAGGUGAUUUGUUCAAAUUGCAAUAAGAUUUCAAAUCAAUAUGAAAAUAUGAUGGACUUAACUGUUGAAAUUAACGGAGAUGCUUCAUCGCUGGAGGAAUGCCUUGAACAAUUCACUGUUAAAGAGUGGCUUCAUGGGGAAAAUAUGUACAAAUGUGAUGGUUGCAAUGAUUAUGUCAAGGCAUGGAAGCGGCUUACUAUACGAUGGGCUCCAAACAUUCUUACAAUUGCCUUCAAGAGAUUUCAGAGUGGCCGUUUUGGAAAACUCAACAAAAGAGUCAGCUUUCCCGAGACAUUAGAUCUUACCCGUUUUAUGAGUGAAGAUGGAGAUGAUACCAAUGUAUACAAUCUUUAUGCAGUUGUUGUCCAUGUGGAUAUGCUGAAUGCAUCCUAUUUUGGUCAUUACAUCUGCUAUACCAAAGAUUUCAGGGGGAACUGGUAUAGAAUUGAUGAUUCUAAGGUCAUGAGGGUUGAACUGGAAGAGGUACUUUCUCAGGGGGCAUAUAUGCUUUUAUAUAGAAGGGUUUCUUUACGCCCGUCAUGUCUUAGAACUUCGGGAUCUCAGGGGAAAGAUGAACAGAAAUCAAUGAAAGCCGAUGUUGAACAUCUUCCCUUGAAAGAAAUUCAGUUUGUACCUGAAAAUGAGUCUAUUACUUCUCCAAGUCUUCCUCCGUCCCCGUUAUCGAAUGGUAGUUUGCAUUCAGAAAUUCCUGGACUUAAAGUCGAGUCAUCUACAGGAAAUGAUGCUAUUGAUCAACGUCAGGAUGCUGUUGUGGUUCAGUUCAAGUCAAAUGCAUCACUUCCUAAGGAACUUUCCCUCUGUGAAAACAAUUCCACUUUCCAGAAUAAUUCAGAAGUUAUCAGAAUAGAUGGCGACGAUACAGAUAUGGUUCCGGAGAAUAUAUGAAUAAGGGUGGUACUCAGCCAACUCCGAAGAUCUGUUCGUUGCAACCAACUCCGAAGCUCCAAAUCCCGAAAGCACGAACCUGGUUGAUGAUGCAGGGGAACGCUCAUCAUCUCUGAAAGAAAUAAAAAACUCCCAGUUAGAUUCGCCGGUAGCAGUAGAUCAUGUGGUGCAAGAUUCUGAAGACAUUGAUAUGGCCAUUUCCAAAUCAAGUUCAUCUUCUACCCGACCAUUACAACAGUAGUUUUUAAUUCCUGGACGACACAUCUCCAGCUCGAAACGCAGGCUUGAAGUUCGAAUCGACCUUAUCGUUUCGAGAGAGCUGAAACACAGCCUGGUGAUUAGCCGUUGCAGUAAUUGGGUAAUUAUUUUUUUCACAUAUAUAUCAUUGAAAGAAAUGGAUGAAAAUGUCUAGCAUCGAUCAAAUUCCAUUGUACCAAAUUUUAGAUGGCCCGUAACCAUUUUAGGUUUGACACUGGUGGUGGAAGAUGGGUUAAAAUUAGUUUUAGUUGCUAGGGGUGUU